CAGGUGUUUUGUUUGCUGUUUGUAAUCAUGGGCUAGCAGGGCCAUUGGAAUUGCGUCACCUUGAUUUUAAGGAUAAAUCCUUCCUUGUAUCACGGAUAUCUUGUUGGCUUUUAGCGCCAACCGUUCCACAGUUUUCCAAUCUAUCAAUUUUGACAAAAUUUUCAUGCACUUCUCUCCCUCCCUCUUUUGUGCAUUUCUCAAAUGUGGAUAAUUUCAUUCAGGAUUAUAGUGCUCUUUUAAUUAGGAAGGACAUGAUAAACAAGUUAUAACAUAUAUUUAUAAUUUGAUCAAUAUCAUAUUAUAUUAAUCAAGCAUAGCCUUGUUGCCAACUUGUCAUUGGCGAGUGUUGAUUUGAUAUCCCGGAGAAGAUGAUCUUGCAAGAGUUGGCCAAAACAGAUGAUCUUGGGGGCCCCUUUCUGCAGAGCUGCAACUGCUUGUAUCACAUCAGCUUCAACAAUUGCUUUGUAUCUAUUAGCACACCAACACUCAAUGCUUCCUUUUGACCGGGUUCAAGGACUUAGGAAGUAGUUGAUAGGUUUUGUCUAAGGGAUUCAUUCUUUUCUUUGGUUUUGAUUACGUUGAUACACUACUGACUCGACUAACUACUUAUGCUUGACUUUGUCUUCAACAACUCCCCGUUAACACCUUCCAUUAAACUUUCACACAACAUUCUGCUAGUAAGUUCCUAUAUAUAGAAGAGCAGAGGUAGGCAUUUAUAUCCAAUAACUUCCUUACUAUUCAUACAAUAACAUUUAGAAUAAUUUACCAUCCCUAAAAUAUAGCCAUGCAAUUAGUACUAUUGUGUCUAGUGAUGCUUAAGCUCACUCCAGCCUUUGCAACCACCCUGAAUGAUGCCUACGGUGGUGAUCCUGGUUGUCCGUUAGGGAGUGGCAUAUACCGCCACACUUGCCCAGAGGCUGAGGCCAUUAUCUUCUAUUGGGUGGAGCAGGCAGUGGCUGAAGACUCGAGAAUGGCAGCCUCACUGCUUAGGCUACAUUUCCAUGAUUGCUUUGUCAAUGGUUGUGAUGCUUCAGUCUUGCUGGAUGACACACAGGACUUUGUUGGUGAGAAAACUGCCGGGCCAAAUUUGAAUUCUCUCAGAGGAUUUGAAGUGAUCGACAAAAUCAAAUCUGAGCUGGAACUACUCUGUCCACAGACUGUCUCUUGUGCUGACAUACUGGCAACUGCUGCAAGAGAUUCAGUUCUUCUGUCAGGAGGUCCAAUUUGGGAGGUGCAAAUGGGAAGGAAAGAUAGCAUUACUGCCAGUAAGGAUGCAGCAAAUAAUAACAUCCCAGGUCCAAACUCCACUGUUGAUGUGCUGGUAGCCAAGUUCGAGAAUUUAGGCCUUACACUUAAAGACAUGGUUGCCCUUUCAGGUGCACACACAAUAGGGAAAGCACGCUGCACAACAUUCAGCUCUAGAUUACAGAGUAGUAGCGACUCAGAAAACAUUGAUUUCAUCGCAUCAUUGCAACAGUUGUGCUCAGGGUCAGAUAAUGGUAACAUAGUUGCACAUCUUGACUUGGCUACACCUGCUACCUUUGAUAACCAAUACUUCGUUAAUCUUCUCUCUGGGGAGGGAUUGCUCCCAUCAGACCAGACUCUUGUGAAUGGAAAUGAUCAGACACGACAGAUUGUGGAAAACUAUGUGGAGAACCCAUUAGCUUUCUUUGAAGACUUCAAACAUUCAAUGUUGAAAAUGGGAAGCUUGGGAUCACCAAGUAAUGGCCAGAUUCGUAGGGACUGCCGAACUGUUAACUAGUCUUAGCCUUUCCUUUAUAACCAAAAAUAAUAAUUCUAGUUCUAAAGCUGGUAUUGCCCUAUGUAAAAGCAAUAUGGUUGUUUCAUACUAAUUGAUCAUUAGAAGGGGCGAACUAUGUUACUGCUAUGGAAGUAAAUAUUAAUGAAUACUUGAAUCGGCUUUUAGUAA